AUGGAGACAGCCACGAUCAUUAUUCGAGUCAUCCGUUCGUUUGAAUAUCGAAACAUUCGCAAUGUGGUUUUAAAGAAUGUACCACUUUCCCUUACAACUGAAGAGUUGAAAACUAGAAUAAUUCAAGAGUUGGGUGUUGCUCCGGGACUGCCACCACCUUUUCGAAAAUACGAAUAUGACACUUUGAAGAUUGAGCACCAUGCACAUGGAGCUAAAACAAAUGAUCCUGUCAUUAACCACGAGAAUGAUGAAGGUCUCAUCCUUAAAGCAGAAAGGACACUCAAGGAGAGUGAUGUAAGACAUGAAACUGAAAUUUCAUUCUUCAAAUAUGAUGAUUACAUGUCAUACAAAAAAAAUCCAGUUUUAAAGAUUGGAUCAAGAUAA